CAGAGAUAUAUGACAUUUUAUUGUAUAAUUCACAACUACUAUUUUGAUAAGAAAAUCAAAAUCAAAAUCAAUUCCAGAAGUACAGAAUAACGGAGACAUGUUGUUUUUCUGGAAUACAAAUGAAUUAAAAUUUCAUAAAUGUGACUAUAGUUAUAAUAAUCAUGAUCAUUACAACAUAAAAUUAAAUAAAACAAAUAUUGUUAUAACUAAAUGUUACAUAUUUUUUAUAAAAAAUCUUUAUUUUAGUCAUAUAUUUCGUAAUUCGUACUUAGUACUUACUAUAAGUAAUUAUUUGGGAUUUUAUUUCAAAGUUUGUUAUGCGUCCAAGUAGAACUUUCUAAUAUCACAAGGUCUUCAGCAGCUGCGCGUCCAAAUAUUUUACUUCCCUCGAAAAUGAAAAUAAUUCAUGUGGCAACGACUUACUACCCACAUUCAUACUGCCUUUCUCCGUGUACGCACUACACACUAACUGACUUUGCUUCCGAUAUCUGUGCAAGAAGCCAAAUCGAGUGUCUCGUGAUCUCGUCCGUGACUCCAUCUUUUCAAUGUUCUUUCUCCGCAGUUUAUGUAUAUUUUAUGUUUAUAUGCUUAUAUAUGAGUCUACAAAAACAUCUAAGACUAUGAUUUUCGUCCCCAGAGAGGAGCAAUUCAAUCUUGCCUUAAAAUCAAGUUUUUGUCCUGUUUCAGUUUCACCCAUUGCUUUGAUACUUGCAUUGAAACUUCCCCUGAUCUUGACCUUGCCGGUGCUUAUUGCAAAUGUUUUAAAAUUCAAUUCUUGAUGUUCAACGGGACAGGCCUAAUCAUCCUUGAUUUUUAAGAAACUGGUGUUGCUUUCAUCAGUUAUUGAUUGCUACACAUUGGGCCAUUGUGGGGCUGGUCUUGCCUUGUGAAAAUGAGUUAUUUUGUUGGUACUUAAUAAUUUUCUUUUCCCACUUUUGGUCUUAUUGUUGCUGAAAGAUAAGAUCUUUUUUCAUUAUUGGUUGUAUAUAAUAAGAUGUAGGGAUGGUUUACCCCUGCUGUAUAGAAAAGAUUCUUUCUUUGAAAGUUUUAGUGCAAUAAAAUAUUUUCUUGAGGUACAUACUGUUCAGAUUUCUUUUCUUCCUUCCUUUUGUAUUGAAAGAUUGGAGAAGUAGUUAGCUUUACAAAGAAUUAAGAUGAGGUGGUUAUUGGUGUUGGGAGUGGUUGUUUUUUCAGUCAUGUGUGGAUUUGUUAUGAGCAAAGAAUGUACUAACACUCCUUCAAAGCUGUCAUCACACACUGUGAGAUAUGAGUUGUUCUCAUCAAAGAAUGAAACAUGGAGAGAAGAAAUGUUUAGUCACUACCACUUGACCCCAACAGAUGAUUCUGCUUGGUCUAGCUUGCUUCCAAGGAAGGUGCUGAAGGAGGGAGAUAGUUUUGAUUGGAUGAUGAUGUAUAAGAAGAUAAAGAGUUAUGGGGGUGGAGCUGGUGGGGGGUUUCUUAAUGAGAUUUCACUUCAUGAUGUGAGGCUUCACCCCAACUCAGUGCAUGGAAGGGCUCAACAGACAAACUUGGAGUACUUGCUGAUGCUGGAUGUUGAUAGGCUGGUAUGGAGCUUCAGGAAGACAGCUGGUUUGGAUACUCCUGGGGAGACUUAUGGAGGGUGGGAGGAUUCUACUGUGGAGCUGCGGGGUCAUUUUGUAGGGCAUUACCUUAGUGCAUCAGCACAACUGUGGGCAAGUACACACAAUGCCACUCUCAAAAAUCAGAUGUCUGCUGUUGUUACUGCACUAUCUACCUGUCAAAAUAAAAUCGGAUCAGGUUACUUAUCUGCUUUUCCAUCCGAAUUGUUUGACCGUUUUGAAGCUAUAAAACCUGUAUGGGCACCGUACUAUACUAUUCACAAGAUUUUGGCUGGUCUCUUGGAUCAGUACAUUUUUGCUAGUAAUUCUCAAGCUUUGAACAUGACAAAAUGGAUGGUUGAUUACUUUUAUGAUCGUGUACAAAACGUGAUCUCAAGAUAUACGAUUGAAAGGCACUGGCUAUCUUUAAAUGAAGAAACGGGUGGAAUGAACGAUGUUCUUUAUAGGCUGUACAGCAUUACGGCUGAUCCAAAACACUUAAUGUUGGCUCACCUUUUUGACAAACCAUGUUUUCUGGGGUUACUAGCAAUAAAGGCUGAUAGCUUAUCGGGGUUUCAUGCAAACACGCAUAUCCCAGUUGUGAUUGGAUCUCAAAUGCGUUAUGAAAUAACCGGUGAUCCAAUUUAUAAGGAAAUCGGGACGUAUUUUAUGGAGAUAGUCAAUAGUUCACAUGCUUAUGCCACCGGGGGGACAUCAGUCGGUGAGCUGUGGUCUGAUCCGAAGAGAUUGGCAAGCACGCUCAAGACUGAGAAUGAAGAAUCGUGUACAACCUAUAACAUGCUGAAGGUGUCUAGACACCUGUUCAGAUGGACGAAAGAGAUGGCUUAUGCUGAUUAUUAUGAGAGGGCGUUAACAAAUGGGGUUCUUAGCAUUCAGAGAGGAACAGAGCCUGGAGUAAUGAUUUAUAUGUUGCCCCUACAACCCGGUGGUUCCAAGGCCAAAAGUUACCAUGGUUGGGGUACCAAAUUUGAUUCUUUCUGGUGUUGCUAUGGGACAGGAAUUGAAUCAUUUUCCAAGUUGGGGGAUUCUAUAUACUUUGAAGAGCAAGGAAAAGUUCCAGGACUCUACAUCAUCCAGUACAUACCUAGCUCCAUUGAUUGGAAAUCUGGUCACAUUAUGCUUAACCAGAUCAUAGAUCCAGUUAGUUCACAGGAUAAUCGUCUGUGUGUAACCAUAACCGUAACAAUGCAGCAGUUAUCUAGUCUACCAUCUACAUUAAAUUUGAGGAUACCAACAUGGACAUACGCAAGCAGUGCAAAAGCAUUGCUUAAUGGACAAGCUCUAUCUCUUCCACCACCAGGCAACUUCCUAUCGAUUACCAGAAGUUGGACCUCUAAUGACAAAAUUACCCUUGAGCUACCUAUGAGUCUUAGAACUGAGGCCAUUAAAGAUGAUCGGCCAGAAUAUGCUUCUAUUCAGGCAGUCCUUUAUGGUCCAUACCUACUAGCUGGUCUUUCCAGUGGUGAUUGGGACAUUAAAGCUACAUCACCAUCAGUUUCUCCUUCAACAUGGAUAUACCCCAUCCCAACUGACAAUUCUGUUCUGGUCUCUCUAACCCAAGAAUCCGGGAACGACUCUUUCAUCGUAACAAACUCAAACCAGACCAUUAAUAUGAAACCAUACCCCAAAUCCGGAACAGAUUCUGCAGCAAGAGCUACAUUUAGGCUCUUUUCAAAAGUCACGUCUAACAAGAAGCUUUCAUUACCAAUAGAUCUCAUAGGGAGAGUCGUCAGGCUAGAGGCAUUCGACUGUCCAGGAAUGGUAGUGAAACAAGGGGAAGAGAAAAGCUUGGUAGUUGAGAAUUAUUCCUCAUCGGACGAAAGCGCCACCACUUCUGACUUUCUUUUAACUGAGGGAUUAGAUGGGAAAAACGGGACGGUGUCAUUGGAGUCCGUAUCCCAGAAAGGUUGUUAUUUUUAUAGUGGUGCCGAUUAUGGGCUCGGUUUAGGUGUCAAGCUGAGGUGCAUGGAUGAGUCCUCACCAGAUGCUGGGUUUAAACAUGCUUCAAGCUUUAAACUGGAAACUGGGAUGAGUGAGUAUCAUCCCAUCAGCUUUGUGGCCAAAGGAACAAAUAGAAAUUUCCUUUUGGUUCCAUUACAUAGUUUGAGGGAUGAAUCUUAUACCGUUUACUUUAACAUCACCUUUUGAGGGAUGGAAGAAUGUUGCUCUUUGUCUGUGUAUGAGAGCACGUACUCUAUAAUUUAAUGUUCUAUUAUAUAUUGCACAAAAAUGUGAUUUAAAAACUUUUAGUAACUAUUAACUAAUGAUGUAUAAAUUUUACAUCAAAGUGACUAUAAAAAGUGUACUCAUAGGUAAUUUUAGAACUUUU